AUGUCUGCCGCUACCGCAUCCCCUGCUGUCGACCAGCUGGCGUCCGACCUUAACAAGGCCUCUCUGAAUGGCGGCGACGCAAAUGGCGCCACCGCCAUCAACACUGAUGUCUCCACCGUCGGAUCAGAGGACCCUGAUACCGCUGGACCUACCCCAAGCUCUGCCGCUCCCCAUCCGCAAGCUUCUGCCUCCCUCUAUGUCGGCGAGCUCGACCCUUCCGUCACCGAGGCUAUGCUCUUCGAGCUCUUCUCUCAAAUUGGUUCUGUUGCCUCCAUCCGUGUCUGCCGUGAUGCCGUGACUCGCCGCUCCCUCGGAUAUGCCUACGUCAACUACAACACCACUGCCGAUGGCGAGAAGGCUCUCGAGGAGUUGAACUACACUCUCAUCAAAGGUCGUCCCUGCCGUAUUAUGUGGUCUCAGCGUGAUCCCGCUCUCCGAAAGACUGGCCAAGGCAAUGUCUUCAUCAAGAACUUGGACACUGCUAUUGAUAACAAGGCUCUUCAUGAUACCUUUGCCGCAUUCGGUAACAUUCUGAGCUGCAAGGUCGCGCAAGACGAAUCUGGAGCCUCCAAGGGUUACGGUUUCGUUCACUACGAGACUGAUGAGGCUGCCAGCCAAGCUAUCAAGCACGUUAAUGGCAUGCUUUUGAAUGAGAAGAAGGUUUUCGUUGGUCACCACAUCCCCAAGAAGGACCGCCAGAGCAAGUUCGAGGAAAUGAAGGCAAACUUCACAAACAUCUAUGUCAAGAAUAUCCCUACCGAGGUUACUGAUGAAGAGUUCCGUGAGCUGUUCGAAAAGUUUGGUGAUGUUACAUCUGCAUCUCUCGCUCGUGAUCAGGAGAGCGGCAAGAGCCGCGGCUUCGGUUUCGUGAACUUUAUCAACCACGAGCAUGCCUCCGUUGCAGUUGAUGACUUGAACGGAAAGGACUUCAAGGGCCAAGACCUCUACGUUGGCCGUGCACAGAAGAAGCACGAGCGUGAGGAAGAGCUUCGCAAGUCCUACGAGGCCGCUCGCAUUGAGAAAGCAUCCAAGUACCAGGGUGUCAACCUCUAUGUGAAGAACCUCGACGACGAAGUUGAUGACGACAAGCUUCGUGAGCUUUUCACACCUUUUGGCGCGAUCACUUCUGCUAAGGUCAUGCGUGACUCCGCUGCCGAGACUGCCGAGGCUGAGAAGAAGGAAGAGGAAAAGAACAAGGAGAAUAAGAAGGAAGAUGAGAGUGAGGAGCCCGAGGCCGAGGCCGAGGCUGAAAAGGAGGAUUCCGAGAAAAAGGAUGCAUCCAAGUCCGAGAAGCGUACAUUGGGCAAGAGCAAAGGUUUCGGAUUCGUCUGCUUCAACAACCCCGAUGAGGCCACCAAGGCUGUCGCUGACAUGAAUCAACGUAUGGUCAACGGAAAGCCACUUUACGUUGCUCUUGCUCAGCGCAAGGAUGUUCGAAAGAGCCAGCUGGAGGCCAGCAUUCAAGCUCGCAACCAGAUCCGUAUGCAGCAAGCCGCCGCCGCUGCAGGUAUGCCCCAACAGUACAUGCAAGCUCCCAUGUUUUAUCCUCCUGGCCAACAGCCCGGUUUCAUCCCACAGGCUGGUGGACGUGGCGGUAUGCCUUUCCCUCAACCUGGCAUGCCCCUUCCUGGUGCUCAAGGUGGCCGCCCUGGUCAAUUUGCCGGUGGUUUCCCUCCACAAGGUCGCGGUGGCCCAGGCCCUCAGCAACUUCCUCCCAACAUGUAUGGAAUGCCCGGCCAAUUCCCUGGCGGAGCACAAUACCAGCAGAAUAACCCUCAGUUUAUUGCUGCGAUGCAACAGGCUCAGCAAGCUGCUACUCUUAUGGGUGGUCGCGGAGGACCAGGUGCUCGACCAAUGGCAAACUUACCAGGUAUGCCACCCAACAUGGCUCCUCUUCAAGCUGUCGGUCAGCAAGGGGUUCCAGGUUUCCCUCAAGGGGGUAGACAGGGAGGUAUUGCUGGACGAGGUGGUGCCCAAGCUGGUCGUCCUGGACAGUUUCAAGGUGGCUUCCCUCCUCAAGCUGGACGUGGCAUGCCUCCUCAGGGGCCUCCUGGCGCUGAUGCCGGUGCUUCGGCCUUCCAAUCGCACCUUGCAACUGUUCCCCAGGCGCAACAGAAACAGCUUCUCGGUGAGGCUCUCUUCCCCAAGAUCCAAGUCAUGCAGCCAGAAUUGGCAGGAAAGAUCACCGGUAUGCUUUUGGAGAUGGAGAAUUCUGAAUUGGUCAAUCUGAUCGAGGAUGAGUCUGCUCUUCGGGCCAAGGUAGAUGAGGCUCUCAACGUCUACGAUGAAUACGUUAAGAACAACAAGGGUGCUGAUGGAGAGGGCGAGGGUGGUGAAGUGCAGGAAGGCGAGAAAUCCGAAGAGAAGGCUUGA